AAUGAGGUAGCGGCGGAGGGGCGGGGGCGCGCGCAGGAAGCGGUUGGGCAGGCGGCGGCGGCGGCGAGCGGAGCGAGCGAGCCUGGCCCAUGGCGGACAACAAGGAAACACAUGAAGAGCAUGAUGCUUCUACUGAAAAUGCAGAUGAUUCUAACCACGAUCCUCAAUUUGAGCCCAUAGUUUCUCUUCCUGAACAAGAAAUAAAAACUCUGGAAGAGGAUGAGGAAGAGCUCUUUAAGAUGCGAGCAAAGCUAUUCCGAUUUGCAUCUGCAAAUGACCAUCCAGAAUGGAAAGAACGAGGAACUGGUGAUGUGAAACUCCUGAAACACAAGGAAAAGGGAACAAUUCGCCUCCUCAUGAGGAGGGAUAAAACCUUAAAAAUCUGUGCAAACCAUUAUAUCACACCCUUAAUGGAGCUGAAGCCUAUUGCUGGGAGCGACAGGGCGUGGGUCUGGAACACACAUGCUGACUUUGCAGAUGAAAGCCCCAAGGCUGAACUUCUGGCAAUCCGGUUUUUAAAUGCAGAGAAUGCACAGAAAUUCAAGGCAAAAUUUGAAGAAUGCAAGAAUGAAGUAGAAAAGAGAUCAAAGAAAGCAGGCACAGACAAAAAUGAUAGUGCUGAUAAAGUUGCUGAAAAACUAGAAGAGCUUUCUGUAAAGGAAGAGAGCAAAGAAUCUGAGAAGAAAGAGACCAAGGAAAAAAAUGAAGAGAAGCAAUAAAAGUCAUCCUGGGCCUUGCAGUUUUUCCUUUUAAUCUUUUUUUAUUUUCUCUUUUUUUUAAUUUUUACAAGGGACUUUAAGGAACUGAAUUCUCACCAUUCAAGUUGUUUUUUCUAAGCUUUUGCCCUUUUGAAGAUGUCUUCAGAAAAUCCAUUCCCCAGUCAUGAAAAUGUACUGUGCUAACUUUCUUUUCCAUAGUGGAAACACUUAUUUAUCAUCUGAAAGAGUGAAUAAAGCAAACUUGAACACAGCAUCAGAGGACAGAACUGAGUUUUCUAUAUACUUUAAGAGCUUGUUUCAUUGAGUGUUGAGAUGCAUAUCAUCGUAACUCGGGAUUCUGUAGGUGAACAGACUUUACCAACAGGGAAGAUUAAGGCAACAUAGAUAUUACUUACAUGGCUUCUAAAACUGUAGUGUAACAGACCUUCCACCCUUCUGCUUUAUGUUCCUGAGCAGAGAAUGUGCUUGGGAUUCACGAAAUGCAGCAUGCUUCUGGAAUCAGAUGAUUGAUCAUUCCUGUCUCAUCAGGCAGUCUAAUUAAUGGUGGGGGAGAAAAUGUAUUUUGUGAGACUUGAGAAGUAUUUUCCCCUUGCAAAACAAAAUCUCUGCUCCCUCUCCAAACUUGUUAGUAUUACAAAUGCGUGAUGAGCACAAAGGUGCUGCUGUGGUCCCGGAUCUUCCAGGGUGUGCUGCUUGCUGAGUGAAGGCAGCAGUAGCCUGUUACACUACGGUGUUUAAUUGUUCAAGUACCUUACUAUGAGAUUGCCUGUGUCAGCAUAUAUUAAAAAUUGUACUCAAAUUUGGAAGGUUUUUUUCAGGGCUUUGGAGCUUGCUUUUUGUUUUACUAACUGAAGGGAUCCUGAACUUUUAAGAUGUGUGGUGGGAGGCUGUGCCUCCUGGAGAGUGGUGGUCUGACAUUCACUUGGGAGCAGUUAAUUAUGUUGUAUGUGAAUGAGGGGCACCCUCCUGGUUAGAAUGGGCCAAAGUGACCAAAUCUCUUCCCUACAAGCGUUUGCUGUUUAUCUCAUCUCAAGUUAGUGCUACAGAGAAGGAAAAUAGUAAGCAAUAACUUUUUUUUUUAGUCUUGAUUGGUUGAACUUCGUGGUUAACCAGGAAUGCAAGGACAGUGUUAGGAUAGUGAUGGACAGAACUUGCUAAUGUUCAAGACUGUAUGAUGUGAAAUUUGGAUGGCAAGACCUUUUUGUCUUAGGAGGCUUUCCAAGUAGGUCAGGCUUUGCAGUCCACUUGAGAAAAACACCUUAAAAAAAAGUCUUUCUACUUAGCACUGCCUUUUGAUGCUACAAUGAAUCACUCUUAAAUCUGAAACUGUAAUUAAGGUACUCACUUCAUUCAAAUGAAGUAAUUCCUUGGGUGUUGUGCAUGUUCCCCUUCAAGUACAGCAGAUACCAACUGAAUUAACAAAGAUGGUGGAAAGGCAAAGUAAAAUGCUCUUCAGUGUUUCUGGUUUGGAAAUAACAGCAAAGCUAUUAUGAAAUACUUUACAUUUGAAUGUAAAAGCAAAAUCUUUAUCCAUGAGUCACUGUAAAUUCUCUGAUCUGAUAAUGUUGAACAGUGUGUCUAAAUUGACAGAAAUUCCAUUUUAAAAUUUCAAAAUAAAUUUAAAUUUUCAUUUAAAGGCUUUGCUUUUUAUUUAAAGAACUCUUACUGGGAAUGUAUUUUUAGCCUGGAAGGGCAAAGUGAUGAAGGCAGCAAAAUGGGUGAGUUUGAUUUCACUGUCAAAUGUACAGAAGAGGGGAGGAACCACUUGAAUGGCUUAAUUUGUCUUAAUCUGAAAUUGGCAACUGCUUAAUUUUAUUGCCCUCUCUUCUUCCCCUCUUUACUUACUCAUGCAUGAUGUUUCCGUUCCUGUUUAGGUUAACUGAUCCAUGUUUACACUUCAUGAAUUACAACCAUCCUUGAGCCAAGUCUGCAAUCUCAGAGGCAAGUUAGGAGGGACAACUAAGUAAAGUAAUUUCUCUGGAUAGCAUUUGAAUGAAGAAUGUCUUAGCCUUCUAAACUAAAGGAUGGUUAGUCAAUGUUCUGGUCACUUUAGAAGCCAUAGGUGUGCUGGUCUACAAAUUAAAAAGCAGUAAGUAUUUUUUCAAUUGAUCUCAGUGAAAGAAAGCUUUUAUGUAAGUCACUGUAAUUAUUAACUUUCCUCUAUGUAACAUAGUCUACCAAGAGAUGUCCUUGAAUUGUUUUUGUAGCUUACUGUAUAGCAAGUGUGCUAGAGUUGUGGCUGAUGUUGUGUCUUGUCUCCCCUGCCCAGGUCACCAGUUACUCAUGCUUUCAAACCAUUUCACUGUCGAGGCUUAUUGAGUGAGCUGAUAAAACCUGACUUGUCAGGCAAUAGAGCGCCUUAAGUAACAACUUGGCUCAGAAAUGAGAAUGAUUUCUUUCAAAAGAGAUGGGCUCAUAGUGCAAAAAGCUCCUCCUUAAAUUGGUGGGCAACUACUGAAAACGUCUCAGUUGCCUUAUACUUGUUUCUGAAAUGGCAAUAACUUCAGUGUGAUUGAAAUGUCUGAACCUGGUUGAAGGUAUUGUGUCAGUAACAAUGAUUGUGGAGAAGCUUUUCUGAUUCACUGUUCAGACACAGUACAGGAAUGUGCUGAAUCUUUAAUUUCUGCACUUUAUAGGGGGUUGUUGAGACUUAAUUUGUCUCUAGGAUCCUAAAGACAAAUUGGGUUCUAGGCUAUUUUCAUACCUGCUGUUGAGUAGUGGCUACUUCCCCUUUUACUCCCAGUGAGGCAAGGUAACUCCUAAGUGUUGACUAAAAUAAUGGGAAUGUGGUUUUGUUGGUGCAGCUGGCUAGAGAAUAAAGUCUUUUUAAGCACUCAGUGUUGCUAAGAAUAUAGCAGAAUCUUGGAGAAGGUACAAGUAAAGAUUUUUAAGAGGUUUUAAUCCAUUUUCAGUAAAAAUGGAAUCUGCAGCAGGAUCAGUGAAGCUGAAGUCUGCAAUUUGUACAAAUGUUGCUUGCUUCAAGCUCAGAAAAAUGCCAUAUAGCCAGGCUUAAUAACCCUUUGUUGGUACUAAUGGUUUUGUGUGCAUAAAACUGGAUGGAGGAGUGUCUGAGGACACUUGAAUAGUAGAUUUAACUCAGAAAUAGUUACAUUUUGAAGAGCAUCAAAAUAGUAUCUUCUUAACAAGUAGUUAGUCUUGAAAAAAAAAAAUUAGCCUGAAGUUUUAUAUUACAAAAACUACUUCAAAAUAGUUCUCUAAAUCCUGUGCUAAUUUUGAAUAGCUGUGUUUUUCUUUGCAGGGAUAAGCUUGUAUUAAGUGAUAUUAAAUGUCUCGUUCACAAAUUGCAAACCACCCAAUUUGCUGUGUUAUAACACUGUAAAUGAUGGAAUUUCCCCCCCACCCUGUGUAAUAAGGUAGCUUGUAUCAAACAAGUUCUCUGUGAUACCAAAAACUCAGACAAUUAAAAUUCUUCUUAACACUA